UUCAUUCUGUGUUGUCACUGACACCGCAACGGGUGUACGAACGACGGUAUUUUUCAGUCCAGGCUAGCUGUCAGCCAUCGAACCAAAGGAAGAGGUGCAAAAAUCGCGAUAAUAAACUCGGAAUUUUGAUUUGCAUUUUCGCUGGGAAGGUCGGAAGCAGUGAUAUUAUACGAUUAAACGGAUUAGUACAAAACAGUAGCGAGGUGUUACCGGGAGUUUUCGCGAAAAGUCCAAUCUGCACUUUGGAAGGAAGUUGGGAAAAUUAGUUGAAAAAUUGUGAAAUCGUGAAAGUGUUUUUUUUUCUCGUUUGAUUAGUGCGAAUUGUAUUCCAAUUUUGAGAACACUGAAAACUGCUGGAUACUGAACGGAAGAUUAGUUAUGCGGUAUUGGAUAGAUGCUCAGUGUUGACAGUGUGGAGUUCUCUCAGCAACCAGUGUUGAAAAUGUGUCAAAGCAGUGUGGAUUAGUGCCGUGUGUUAAUGUUCCUAUUUGGCAGGUGAAAGUUUAUAUUGAAAUACAGUGAGAUCACCGCGAAAAAGAGCGAAACAAAAAUGCCGGUCGUUUUGAAUGGUUCGCUACCGUUGCCCAGUAUUAGGGUUUACACCAGUGCAAGUGUCCUGCUGGUUUCGAUCUGUCUGUACUACGCGGUCUGUGUGACGAGUGACCCCUUCUGGCGGCAGUUGAGCAACGUUACAGUAAGCACCCCCGGGGGAGGAGGCGUAAACAGCCUUCUGUCCGGAGCGGCAGCUGCUGCCGGAGAAGCCGCAGCUGCGGGAGCCGUUGCUGGUGGUGCCGCAAAUGUGCCCACCCCAAGCAAACUGGAUUCGGUGCUAACGGUUAAGGAAAUCAAUGAUCUCGAGGAGAAGAUACUGGCGGCGUCCGACGUCGAUCUGCAGCAAAUGAUCGAGCACGAAGCCGAUCUGCUGGAGAAGUCGGUGGCCAAUGAUUCGAGGACGAUCGGAGGCCACCUGAGGGAUGUUGCUUCCUUUAUGGGCAGUGAACCGAUUUGCAUUUGGACCUUGAUCAACAUGGCAUACUGCUGUCUGGUGUUGCUCGGCAAAUCGAUCCAGAAGGUGGUUUUUGGAGAGCUACGAAUAUCGGAGCAACAGCACAUGAAGGACAAGUUUUGGAACUUUAUAUUCUAUAAGUUCAUUUUCGUGUUUGGCGUCGUCAAUGUGCAGUAUCUUCACGAGGUCCUCCUCUGGGUGUCGUGGUUUUCUGUGCUUGGUUUUCUUCAUUUGCUGUCGCAGCUGAGCAAGGAUCGCUUCGAAUACCUUUCGUUCAGCCCCACGACGCCGGGAUGGUCGCACUUUCGGCUGAUCGCGCUGCUAUCGGCGAUCCUCACGCUGUCCGGCUUCAUGCUGAUCGUAUCCAUCGGAGUGGGCGUAUUCAUCAGCGGCGUCAACACGUUCGCCUUCAUGGCGGCCGAGUGUGUCCUGCUGUCGAUACGAACCUCACACGUGCUGAUUCGCUACGCGAUGUUCUUGUACGAUAUGCGCCAAGGGGGGAUUAGUCAUGAAUCAAUUUCAUGGGACAAACGCGGUCCAGUGGCUUACUAUAUUGAGCUGUGCUUCGAAGUGGCUGCCCUGAUAGUCGAUUUUGGCCACCAUCUGCACAUGCUGCUGUGGAGCAACAUCUUCCUGUCGAUGGCCAGUUUGGUGAUCAUCAUGCAGCUGAGAUAUCUGAUCAACGAAAUCAAGCGAAAGAUCAAGAAGCACCGCAACUAUCUGUGGGUUUUGAAUCACAUGGAGAAGAGCUACCCGUUGGCGACCUCGGACGACUUGAAGGCAAACUCCGACAACUGUGCGAUCUGCUGGGAGAAGAUGGAAACCGCCCGAAAGUUACCGUGUUCGCAUUUGUUUCACAAUUCAUGUCUUCAGUCGUGGUUGGAGCAGGACACCAGUUGUCCAACCUGUCGGCUUGGGCUAAGCGUCCACCAGAACAACGUCAACCUGCUGCCGAACGAAAUCCGUAUAGAUGAUCCUGAGCCGGCCGGCCGGACAGCUAACAAUCACUUUUUCCACUUCAACGGCUCACGCUACGUCUCAUGGCUGCCGAACUUUUCCGUCGAAGUGACGCACAUAAACUCCGUGCUCAGAAACGAACCGAGCCCUCGUGAAACGGCAGCAGCCAAUCAUACCUCUCAGAUUAGAAACAUGGCUCGCCACGUGCAGGAGAUGUUCCCCCGAUUUCCCCUGUCGACCCUGAUAGCCGACCUGCAGAUUUCCCGCUCGAUCGAAGUCACGAUCGAUAACAUUCUCGAGGGACGUUUGCAGGUGCCGGCACGUUUUCAAGAAUUUGACGAUCUGUUGGACGAUGAUUCAACCGUGAACACCGCAUCCAGUACUCCAAACGCCUCCAGCAACGACAGCGGUAGUAUUUUAAGCAAUAGUAAUAGCUUCAACAGUACCCCAGGCAGCAGUGCUCCGGUCGAGGGAGUCGGUGACUUCCCUGCCAUAGCUGCCACUCAGUACUACGUCAACGAGAGAGGCGAAUUCGGCCCGGGUGGCCACUAUGAGUCGACCGCUUCGACGCCAUCCUCGACGGGAAGCAGUGGUUACGAGGUGGAGCGGAGUACGAAUAUUUUCGGUAACUUUGACCACCUGCUACGUGAUGAAAGUUUCGACGACGUCCCGUUGGGCGAUCGCUUUUCCAAAAGCUCGGAGGAACGGGAGCGUAUUCUGCAGCGGCGAAAGGAACAGUUGCUCUUGAUGGCAAGAAGAAAGUAUUUGGAGAAGAAUAAAUCUGACCUGAACCAGUCCCCCGCUGGUGGCAGGCACUACAGCCAAGGGGAUGCCAUCCGGCAUCGUAACAAAAGCUGCAUGGAAGAGAACAAUCUCUCCAUGUCGCCGUCGUCUUCGUCGUCGCCAUCCCAGCAUUCGUCCAUGUCUCCGCUAGCGGAGAUACCGGUUGCGUCCUCCUUCUCCUCGUUGUCACCAGGAUUGACAGCGUCAGCGCCAUAUUCGUCCUCCUCUUCCUCCUCGGUCAGUGCUGCACCGAGCGAACACACGGCAACCAGUGAACAGCUUCAGUGGCCAAAUUAACAAGCGAGGAAAACUCAGUUUUGCAACUCUAACAAGAAACAAUAAUUGUGAUCAUUAACGAGUAGAAAGCUGUCAAAACAAACAAACAAACGCAAGGAGUAAAACAAACACAAAAUUAACAAAAAUGCAAGCAAAGGGCGUAAAUCAACAGUAUCAACUUAGUGAAUUAAAUCUAUGAUAAUAAACACAAAAAGAAAAAAAAAACAGAUAAAUUUUAGCAAUUCAGUUCGAAGUGUUAACAUCUUCGGGAAAAACAAAUAAUCUUAGUGCAUAUGUGAAAAAGGAGAAGAAUAAGAAGAAGACGGAAAUUCUGAAGUUAAUGAAGAAAAAAGACACUGAACUGCAAGCGUUGUGAUGUUAUUUAUUUAUUUACUAUACUAUACUAUAGAAAUGCGAGAACACUAGUGAACUCAAGGCAGACGUAUUUUAAUGUAAUGGACAGAACACAUGAUAUGACGAGAGUAACUAUUAGAAACAAAACAAACAAAAAAAAGUCUUAGAGUAUAAUAAAAACAAACAGUAAGCUGUUAGAUUUCGUUUCGUAA